CUUGGACUUCCCAAUGUCUCUCAAACAUCAGGCAAGCUCUGAUUUUUUUCCUAAGAUAAACAAGCAGAAAAGUUUACUCAUGCAGGUUACAUGUAUACCUCAAAGAAAGAGCCAAGCCCCAUUAAGAUUCUUUGUAGACACCUUUAAUCCCAUUGACUAAAAAUACAUACAUUUAUAAACAGUUUCCUUGUCUGUUACAAAUGUCUUCGUUUAAAACUGAAGUUUUAAGUUUAAACUUCACUACUUGACGGGGUUUUGCUUCUUGGGUUACUGUUUUGACACUGGAAAUGGAUUUGUCAAGCUGUCAAUUUCACAUCAGGAGUCUCACACUUUAGCCCCUAAUGAUACUGUUAAAACAGCAAAGGCUGCAGGGGAAACAUUGUUUAAAAAGCCCCUCCCUUGGUGUUCAAGUGGAAAUGUUUUAGGUAUGGUAAAAGUUUACUUACAAAACCCAGAUUUGAGGCCAAAUUUGACCUGACUGUGUCCCAAUUACUGAACCCAUGGAGGUACACAUAUCUUUGCUGCAUGAUUUUAAAUCAGUAUAAGAAAGGUGGCUUUAGUUUCUCUUUAGUACUGAUAGAUAGGUAGUGGUGGCCUCAGAGUGGAUAAUGUUGACAUCAAUCAAUAAUACUAGACCUAGUGAUUCUUAGCAUGCUAUUAGCUGGAAAAUGGUGCAACUGUUAGUCCUAAGUCUCCGAGCAAUACAAUCCCUGACAGGGACAUGGCCAAAAGGCUCCCUACUUUUCAGACUUCCUGUUUGACUGUUCCUUUUACAUUCGGUACCCUCAGGCCUCCUGUAGUGCCAAUGGGGACUAAGUAGUACUCUUACAGCUCUGUUGAUUAUGGUCUCUCUCCAUUAUAGCUUUGACCAGUACCUCAUCAAGUCUUUUGUAAGGAAGUGAAAUGUCCAGUAGUUUAAUUUUUUAAGUGAUCAAUCAUAGCUACCAAACAAUGCAUUAAAGAAAGUACAGUAUAUUCUUAAACUGUCCAGGAUGCAUUAAGAUCCUCUUAGUUUCAUUCUUAUUUGGAAUGAAUACAUAGUUCAGUGCCACAAUGUAGCUACAUAGUUACUUAAGGGGAAAAGUUACAUUCGCUGAGGAGUGGACACAGACAGCAGAUGUAUUCUCUCCCCCAGCCCUUCCAUCAAACAACACAUACUGAGAAAAGCUGUCAACUAUCUGCUAGUAAGCAGCAGCGGCGGCUGGUGAACAGGAGGAAGGAUAGAUGGAAGCAAGUAUCAGCUUUUGUUUUUAAAGAGAAAGGAAGGGGGCAGAGAAUCGGCCAACAGCAAUGAAGGAGGAGGAGGAACAGCAACCCAUAACUCCUGAUGGAGGAUGGGGAUGGAUGAUAGUGCUUCACUUCUUUCUGGUAAACGUGCUCGUGAUGGGAAUGCUGAAAACCUUUGGAAUUUUCUUUGUGGUCUUUCAAGAAGAGGUGGGAGGCUCUUCAGAACAAAUUAGUUGGAUCGGCUCCAUCAUGUCCUCUCUUCGCUUCUCAGCAGGUCCACUGGUCACUAUAGCCUGUGGGAAGCUGGGGGACCAGCUGACCUCCAUCAUUGGGGCAGGUCUAGUUAGCAGCGGUUGUCUGAUCAGCACACAGGCCACUAGUAUCUCCUUCCUGUGUGUGUCUAUGGGACUGCUAUUGGGGCUGGGCUUUGCUUGCUUGUAUCAAGCAGCUGCUGUGAUGACUGCCAGGUACUUUAAAAAGCGACUGGCUCUAUCCAAUGCAAUUGCACGCUCAGGAAUGGGACUGACAUUUGUACUAGCACCUUUCACUCAACUUCUGAUAGAUUUUUAUGGUUGGCAAGGUACCCUACUGAUCUUUGGAGGGAUCAUGUUAAACCUUGUGCCUUCUAGUAUGUUACUGCGACCUAUUAUCAUCAAGAAUCUCCAGGACUUUUCUGGUAGAAAUGUAGACAGUGGAUCAUUAACACAAAGUAAACAUCCAGCAACUCUUACAAGCCACCUAGAUGAAAUCAGUACCACAGAAACACAGUUUAAUACUAGACUGGAUUCUCCUAUGCAAGAUUCCACUGUCACAAACAAGCUCCAGGCAGCUGGAACAUUAGGAUCACUAGUUCCUGUGAACUCUGCUGGUCUGGAAGGGCCUGAGAGAGAAACCUCCAACUGCUACUCUCCUGAUGGAGGCAGUGACAGGGACUGUGGCUAUAACAACCUUCCACUGCAAAAGGAAUGGAAUUCCCACUUAUGGCCAGUUCCCAGCAGGCAGCCUCUUCUUGAUUUCUCACUGCUGAAAGAUCCCUUCUUCUGUAUUUUUGCCUGGUCAUUUUUAUUCAGCCAACUGGCCUACUUCAUUCCCACCUUUCACCUGGCAGCAAGAGCCAAAACCUUGGGCAUAAAUGGCAUGGAUGCCUCUUACCUCAUUUCAGUGGCUGGGAUUACAGAGACAGUCAGCCAAUUGCUUUCUGGUUGGAUUGCUGAUCAGAACUGGAUCAAGAAGUAUCAUUACCAUAAGACUUACCUUAUUCUGUGUGGCAUCACUAACCUGCUGGGUCCUCUUGCCACAUCCUUUCCAUUACUUAUGGUCUACACCAUAAGCUUUGCCAUAUUCUGUGGUGGAUACCUGGCUCUGCUGCUCCCUGUACUGGUAGAUCUUGUAGGUGUCCCCAGACUCCACAGUUCUUUAGGAUUUGCCUCAUUCUUUGCUGGGAUAGCAGCCAUCGCUGGACCUCCUAUAGCAGGUUGGCUGUAUGACUACACUCAGACAUAUGCCUGCUCCUUUUUCUUUGCUGGAACCUGUUAUCUCAUCGCACCCAUUUCCUUCUUCUUUGAGCCUUCAGCCCAUAAGUGGAAGCUACGGAAAGAAGCGGAGUUGAACAAAGUGAGCACUUAGUGGCGAGGCUCUGCUGCAGUUGAAAGAAAAGAAGCCUGCCUUCAGUAUAUGAUCAGAAGGUGAUAAUUAGGACAGACUUUUCACUAAUAAAUAAAACAUGGCAGAAAAAUGAAAACUGACAUUUGUCGCAACAAAAGACUCAAAUGAUCUUAUUGUCCAUAAAUGUUACUUCAUGAGCAAGUGGUGUUUAAGAUCAAGAUGAGCCCAGCAAGAUAUGCAUUUUGGCUAAGACUUUUUAGUUCCUAAAAUAUCCUCAGUUUGCCAUGAAGUCUAGUCAUCGCUUAAAACAACUUCACUGCUUCUGUUCUUCCCCCAGUGUACGUUACCUCAUAUGUUUAACAUGAUUAGUAAGAGCCUUUGUAUUAGGUAAUUCAUUUCUGCUUUUCCAGCUUGCUUAGCCAGUGUCCUUAGCCUGAAGGGUUAUCUAAACCCAGUCAGCCCAAUAUAUGGAGUUAAAAACUGACUCACCUUUCAACAUAAAGCAGAUGAGACACUCAAAAGUGCUAAAACAGAGGAUCUUGUUAAUUAGGUUAAAAAUAACUGGAAUAAUGAUCCGGGGAAGAGAGUGCACUAAAGAGGAUUAAAUUUAAGCUUCAGCGAAACAAAGAUGGAGUCCACAAAAACCGGUUUUUCUGCACCAAGAAAACAUUGUGACUGCUAAAAGUUCUCCUGACCAUUGGCAUGGUACAUCUUUGUUAACACACAGGAUGGAACCAAAAGUAAUUUAAUUAAAGAAGGUACUAUGAUAUGAUAAAGUUAAAUUCAAUCUUCUUUUCAUACAAUAUAACCAAUUAUUUGAUGUGCUGGGUAUAUUUUCAUUAAAAAUUUAACAGCACAACUGAAAUUCUUGAGUUGGAAAAAAAACCUAGAAAAGGAACGGGACUAGAAAAGAGACCCUUCUGAUACAGAGAAUGGGGAAACCAGCAACUCACUUCUAGCCCCAUAAGUUAUCAUACUCCCGUAUAAUGCAAAAGGGAAGGUAUACUAGGUCAGAUGGUCUUUCCUGUUAUUUGUAUAAUAGUCCCCGAGGCCCAAUCCAGACUGUACUUGACACUGGGCAAAUGACUUAAGAUAAUUUUUGGUCCAAAGAUUUUACUAUCGAAACAGAACAAAAAUGGGUGGGAGGUACAGAGGUGAACACAUUUGCUCAACAUUACACAGAAGGUAAGCAGCAAGCUACAACCAGAACCCAGGUCUCUGGGCUACCCAGUUGGGUGCAUUGUGUACCAGGCCACGCUGCCUAAUGUGUCAUACAAUAGCAGGUUUAAAGGACUGCAAGGCAGAUAUCAAAGGCUCCUCCGAUCUCCACAUCCCUCUAAGUGACUGGGGCAUGCACACACUACAUGCAGCUGUCGGAGCCAAGGCAAAAAUUUUAGCUUAACCUUAUCUGGUUGGGCCUACGUAUUAAAUGAGUCUCCAGAUAGUCUUAUUUUACAUUCCAUACAGAAAUAGAAAAAAAAACAAAACUGGAAGGAUUAAGAGGUGUGUGCGCAUUGCAGGGAAUAUAUUCUUACUUUCUCCUAAUGAUAGAGAAAUUGAAUAUUCUCUGAAUAUUCCCAGAAAGGGAAAAAACUCUAGAUAUCUGUGUAUGUGCUCUAAGGGGGGAGCGUGGUGGGGGAUUUCUCUUAACUCAUAGCAAUCAGUGCAGCUCUUUCCACACAAGCAAGCAUCACUAUCGUUAAACAUCUAAUUCCAUUUAUGCCCCAAAAUAUCGUUAGUAUCCUUAAAUAUUUGGGAAUAUUGUAUUUCUGUUCUCACUUAGCCUCCACUCUUUGUGUUUAUCUAGACACUUCACACCAGUUUGAAGGUAGCAGAACGAGAAUGUUUAAAGUGAUCUCUGAAGGGCAAGACCUAAUACAGCAGCUUUAGCUUUCCUCACACUGCAGUGACUUCAAGCUUUGCAAUAUCUAUCACCAGCUAUUUGAACACUUAUUAAUUUUCUGGAAUCUGCAGUAUUUUUAAAUGAAAAUUAUUUUGGUCAAUGGCACAAUCCAUUUUCUACCAUUAAAAGAAUUUUCCAUUACAGAAA